AUGUCACAGGUAUCCAGGAGUUCAACUGUGCCUUUUGCCUUUCUAGUGGUACUGUUGCUUUCCAAUCAAACCACUGCAUUGACUUGGAAUCUUGGUGAACAAGCAGUCCUGCACAAUUUUUUUGGGAUGGACAUCCCUGGUUGGCUUCAUCAUGUAACAAUCAGAAUUAUUGCGGUGAUUCCAGCCUUGUGUUGUGUGUGGAACUCAGGAGCCGAAGGUGUAUAUCAGCUACUAAUAUUUACACAGGUUGGUUGCUCUUAUGUUGCCAUCUUCUGUGAUCCCCCUUUUCCGAGUUGCUUCAUCAAGAUCAGUAAUGGGGACCUACAAGAUUUCUCAGUUUGUAGAGUUCUUAUCUCUCAUUACCUUUAUUGGAAUGCUGGCUUGGAGAUUAUAUUUCUCAUAGAGAUGAUAUUUGGGAACAGUGACUGGGUCAGUAAUUUGAGGUGGAAUGUGGGAAGUAGUACAUCCGUGUCUUACAUUUUUCUUCUCACCAUUGGUUCUACAUCAUUUUGUUUGAUGCUCUGGCUUGCAGCCACUCCAUUGAAAUCUGCUAGUUUAAGAUUAGAUGCCAAGUUAUUUAACUGGGGCAUAAACGAUGCUGUGCCUGAGUCAUUUGCGGAUAUAGAUGAAAGUGAUUUCAGCCAGGCCAGGUAUGAUGGUCUUGAUGGAGAGGAAUCCAUGCUGUUUGACAGGGCGGAAUCCAUAAUAAAACAAGAACCAAAAUUGACACCAGGAAUGCCUUUGGCAAGCCAUUCAGAUAUAUCAGAUAAAAAUUCUGCUAUGAAGUUAUCUGAAAUGCUGCUGCAUUCUGGUGACAUACUUCAUUUGACAACUACUGAGAACAGCAGUUCAAGUGCUGCGUUUCCUGGUCCCUUGAAACAUCAAGUGGAGGAGUUUCCAACCACUGUUGAAUCAGUUGUAGUGUCAACUGUGUUUAGUGAAGGUCUGGCCAAUGAGUCGGUCAACUUCAUUGCCUCAAAAUCACAACCAACUGACUUAGUAGAAAAGACUGUGAGUGUGGAGGGGGAUUUACAAUUUGGGACGGAUCAUGGUGGAGGGGUUUGGGAGCCUGAUGAAUCAUUUAGAGGGGCAUCUGGGAGGAGCCCAUCUUUAACACGAGAUGGACCUGGAUCAUAUAGGAGUGUUCGAGAGAAAACUGUGGACACUGGGAGUGAUACUGGAAGUCUCUCAAGAUUAGCAGGAUUAGGCCGUGGUGCAAGGUAUCAAUUAGCCACAGUUCUUGAUGAGUUCUGGGGACAACUCUUUGAUUUACAUGGCCAAGCAACACAAGAGGCAAAGGUCAAGAAACUGGAUGUUUUGCUGGGCAUAGAUUUUAAGAUUGAUUCCAAGCCUCCUGCUUCAUCAAAAGACAUCUUAGGGGUCCAAAGGGGCUCAUCCUCCUCGUGGUCCAGGUCGCUGCAGUUGUUAGAUGCAUAUAUACAGAAUCCUAGCAAAAAUGCUCUUGACUAUGGCGAGAGGCGCUAUUCUAGUUUGCGGCUUCCACCUUCUUCUAAUGGCACUGACUAUCAGCCAGCCACUGUACAUGGAUAUCAGAUUGCGUCAUACCUUAAUCGAAUUGCUAAAGCAAAGGGUUCUGAAUACUUGAAUGGCCAAAUAGAGGUACCGGCUUCACAAUCCCCAUCUUUGUGUGCACCGAACUGUCGAGAUCCUCUACCUUUUGCUUCAGGGAGAAGACUACAAAAUGGAUUAACCACUAUGAAGCCACCUGGUUUUUCAAGCACUGCUUUGCCUAGAAAAGUACCUUUGCAAUCUGAAAUGUCAUAUAAUGAUCCUUGCUCUCCUGGACAUGUUGGAAAUCUCAGUACUCCAGACAAUACAAAGAAAUUCCAUAGCUUGCCUGACAUAUCUGGGCUAUCUCUCCCUUAUUGGGACUCACAUUUGUCCAGUAGGAUUCCUCAAUGUGACCAUUCUAUUGGAUAUGUGUCAUCCUUGUAUCCAAAUACAUCAUAUACAGUUGGCAAUGAAGUUGAGAGUAAGCAAAGUUCAAAUCCUAUUAUGGACAUGGAAGCAGAUCUACUAGAGUCUUUUAGACAAUGUAUCAUGAAGCUUUUGAAGCUGGAAGGCUCUGAUUGGUUGUUUAGACAGAAUGAUGGGGCUGAUGAGGAUCUCGUAGAUCGUGCAGCUGCAAGGGAGAGAUUCCUUAUUGAAGCUGAAGCUCAGGUGAUGAACCGAAUGAUUCACACGGGUGAAUCUCAGUAUGCUUUUGACAGGAGGCCAGGAUCUGGACUGAAAAAUGAUAAGGCAGAUAUUGCCAAAAUUCUGCUUUCCUCAGUUCCCCAUUGUGGGGAUGGCUGCAUAUGGAGAGUGGAUUUGAUUAUAAGCUUUGGAGUGUGGUGUAUUCACCGGAUUCUUGAGCUCUUGCUUAUGGAAAGUAGGCCAAAGCUGUGGGGAAAAUAUACAUAUGUACUCAAUCGUCUUCAGGUAAGAUUUUAA